CUCUCAUUAUUUAUAGACUGCAAAAAAUAAACACAAAACAGUUAUUAUUGUUAUAUACUACUAAUAAUCUUGAAAUAUAGUUGCUAGUGGGAUUCAAAGGGAAAAGGGAAGAAGAAAGAGCUUUGUUUGAAGGAGGAAGUGGUGAAUAAAGGAAAGGAAAAUCGAUUUUCCUGAGAAGAUGAGCGGUGGGGGUUUAGGGUUUCAUCAAUUCCGAGCAGCGUGAGGAAAACGAUCCAAAACAUAAAAGAAAUCACGGGUAAUCACAGUGAAGAUGAGAUUUAUGCAAUGCUUAAAGAAUGUUCCAUGGAUCCCAAUGAAACCGCUCAGAGGCUCCUUGUUCAGGAUCCUUUUUGUGAAGUCAAAAGAAAACGUGACAGGAAAAAAGAGAGUUUGAACAAUAAAGAUUCCACAGAGUCGAGGUGGAGAUCUGGUUCACAGGGAAGGGGGAGUAGGGGUGGCCGGGGAAAUUUCCCACCUCGUUAUGCGGCACAUGAAACUGGUGUUUCCAAGAGUUCUGGUCCUGGGAAAGAUAAUGGAACAAAUCAAGUUGCAGAGAAAGGUAGUGUUCAAUCUUCAUCAACCUCGCUGGAGACAAAGACUAAAGAAUCAACUAUGGUAACCAGCCCUGUACCUGUCAUGGCCGAUGGUCCUACUGGUGUAGUGGCCGAAACCUCCUCUGCACCUGCAAGAAAUACUACCAAUCAACAUUGGGAAAAUUCAUCUAUUGUCAGCUAUGAGUACGGGAGUGCACUAUCCCCUGCUGUUGCAAUAAACAAACCCACCAUUGCAUUUGAAAGUGGGGACAUGAGUGGGCCGCCUGCAGAAAGCCCUAGUGGCUGCUCCAUGUCGACUACUCUAGCAUCUUCCUCGACAAUUUGCGUCUCAUCCUCAGACCCUGUAUUAGUUCCAUCCAGUGAUUCUCACCCCCCUGGCACUUUGGGAGCAAUCAAAUGUGAAGUGGGAGGUGGCCGAGCUUCUGCAAAACCAAAUGCAGUUGUCCCUACUGAAAGAAAAUUAGCUUCUGCUAAUGAGAUUAGUAGCACUUUCAUGCAAGGAAAGAUGCCGAGCAAAUCUUCUGGAGUAGUGAAAAAUCUGCCGAGUGCGUCUGCCCAACCUUCAUCUGCUGCAACCCAUGGUUCCUCUAUGAGUCGGCCUUCAUCCAAUUAUGGUAGCCGCUCACAAGUAAUUGGCCCUCAGAAAGCAGUUGGUUCUAAUAAGGAGUGGAAACCAAAGCCAAUCAGCUCUAAUGUUGGGCAGGGUUCUGGAACAGCUGGUACAUUUGAUGUUCCUACUAGUUCUAUUGAAGCCAAUGCUCAUUUGCAGCCUGUUUCAAGAGUUCUUGACUCUGAAGAAGCAACUUCAAAAUUGCAGAAGAAGCUAGAGGAGUUGCAUCUCCCACAACGUCAACAUGUUAUAAUUCCAGACCAUAUCCAUGUCCCUGAAUCUGAAAGAACCAAGCUGAGUUUUGGAAGUUUUGAUGCUGGUUUUGGAGUAACAUUGAGCAAUGCUGGUUGCCAGGAGAGUGCUAAUAGUCCUACACCUUUGUCUGAGCCUUCUCAAGAUGUUGAUGAAACUCCAGAGGAGCAGGCUUCUAGCAAUCAAAAUGCAUCGGCAACUGCUGAGGAAGGAGAUUACUCUGAUCAUCCGCAAUCACCUGCACAUGCUCCUGAAAAAUCGUCCAGUGAUGGUGGUGUUUCUAGUUCGAUGCCAGAGUAUAAUGAAAACAAGCAGGAGAAUGCAUUGCUCUCUGGAGGCCAUCAAUACUCUGUGGUCCAUACACCUCCUAACUACAAUUUUGGACAUGUCCCUCCUAUUUUAGCAACAAUUGAGAACCCUGAAUCUCAAGCACGUGAUGUUUCUCGCCUUUCAAGCUUUGUUGUUCAACAGCCAUUUGAUCCAGCAACUUAUUAUAACCAAUUCUACCAUUCAAGUGCUGAUAAUGAUGACCGUCUUUCUCCCUUUCCCUCUGGUGGAAAUGCCACAAAAUACAAUGGGAAUGUUGCAGUACUUCCUCAACAGACUUCUCCAACUCCGCAAGAGGGUGUAAACAAUUUGGUACUGAUAACAGCAAGUCCAACUCCAGUAGUAACUCAAGGUACUGGGCUAAUGCAAAGUUCUAUACCUGCAACUCAGCAACCAUUCCCUGUCUAUGGCUCAGCAGCCGGGGUUCAUUUACCACUUUAUCCUCCAAACUACAUUCAAUAUGCCCCUUUUUACUCUCCUUUUUGUUAUCCUUCUCCUGCAAUCCACCAAUUUAUAAACAAUGGUGCUUUUCCUCUACAACCUCAAGCCGGAAUUGUUUAUCCUUCUGCACCAGCAGCACCUACUACAGGAGUCAAGUUUUCUCUUCCUCAAUUUAAACCUGGAAAUAAUACAUCAAGUUCCACACAUAUUGGAGUGCCAAGUGGUUAUGGACCAUAUGGCUCUGCCCCAGCUGGUUAUAAUCCCAGUUCUGCUGCCACAACUGGAAACUCAACCACAAAUGAGGAUCUUGGUGCAUCUCAGUUCAAGGAAAGCAAUGUCUACAUCACAGGGCAGCAGAGUGAAGGUUCAGCUGUGUGGAUUGCUCCCCCUGGUCGAGACAUAUCCAGUCUGCCAGCUAGUUCAUUCUAUAACCUUCCUCCUCAGAGUCAGAAUGUGACGUUUGCUCCAACACAGGUUGGUCCUGGCUCCUUUUCUGGUAUCUAUCAUCCACAAGGAGUAGCAGCAGGUGUUCAUCCUCUUCUACAACAGGCUCAGACAAUGGCUGGAGGUGUUGACAUGGGGGGCCUGCUGCCAAUGUUUAUCAGCAGCCUCAACAUGCACAGAUGAACUGGCCCAGUAACUACUGAAACAAGGAUAGAUAUGUUCUUUUGUUUUUCUUCUUUUUGUAAAUCAACCAAACAAGACAAUUCAAUGUCUCCAAUCUUGCGUUACUUCUGGGAACUCCAACAGCUUUGAAUGGAGAGGAGCAUCAAGAAGAUACACCCAUUAGCCAGAGGUAAGAUUGUAAUUCUGUUCAAGGAGGCCACAAAAGAGAGAGAGAGAGAGAGAGAGAGCCAAUGGUAUCUUUUGUUUGCUUGGGUUGAGGGCAUAAAGGAUUCAGUUUCGCCUUUAACUGAUUUUGACCGUUUUAAAGUUAGUGACGGUAUGCAUGUGCAGGUCUGUCUCUUGCUAUAUGGUUUUUACCCAAUUUUCCUUUUCAUAGUUUAAAGCUUUUUCCCUUCAUAUUUUCCUUUUUCAAGUUCUUGAACUCUUAGCAUUUACUAUUAAGGGUGAGAAUCUUUCCCUUUUAUUUAAGGUUUAGGGGGUUCUGGAAGUUAAGAUUUAGGUUGGUGGAAAUUUGUUUUCCAUCUCAUCUUCUUCUCUUUCACCAGUCUUACCUGCAAAGUUAAUUUUGAUAGCAAGUAAAGGAUGUACUGAACUGAACUGUUGUAAUUGGUAUAAGCAAAGGCCAACAAAUUUUCGAUUGUUU